UUCCCCGGAACCCAAGGAACGGUAGCUGCAGUUCCGGUCGGAUUUACCAGGCGACGCACGCUGAUAUGGCUGCGCCAAUACUGAGGGGCGUCCGGGAGCUGCUGAAGCAUGCGAACUUCGCGCCGGUCCCGAGAAGACAUCGACAUAAGAAGAAGUGGGCAGCAACAGAGCCCAAAUUCCCUGCCAGCCAGCUUGCUCUGCAGAAUUUUGACAUGACCUACAGUGUGCAGUUUGGGGAUCUUUGGCCAUCGAUUCGUGUCAGUCUUCUCUCAGAACAGAAGUAUGGUGCACUUGUCAAUAAUUUUGCUGCUUGGGACCAUGUGAGUGCUAAGCUGGAGCAGCUGAGUGCCAGGGACUUUGUGAGUGAUGCCAUCUCCUGCUGGGAAUUGGAGCCUGAGAAUGGCCACUCUGCAACCCUGUCCCCAGCCUGCAGUCCAAAUCUUCGAUGCUUUACUUUUGCCAGAGGAGAUGUCAGCCGCUUCCCUUCUGCCAGGCUUGGCAGUCUGGGUGUCAUGGACUACUACCUGAUGGAUGCUGCCUCCUUGCUGCCUAUCCUGGCUCUUGGUCUACAGCCUGGGGACAUUGUUCUUGACUUAUGUGCAGCUCCUGGAGGAAAGACACUGGCAUUGCUUCAGACUGGCUGUUGCCGCAACCUCGCUGCCAAUGAUCUCUCUACUGCCCGAACGAGCAGACUACAGAAGGUCCUUCAUAGCUAUGUGCCUCAAGAUAUCAGGGAAGGAAACCGAGUUCGAGUCACUUCAUGGGAUGGCAGGAAGUGGGGAGAACUGGAGGGGGACACCUAUGACCGAGUGCUGGUGGAUGUACCCUGUACCACAGACCGCCACUCCCUUCAUGAAGAAGAGAACAACAUUUUCCAACGGUCAAGGAAGAAGGAGCGACAGAUGUUGCCUAUGCUGCAGGUGCAGCUUCUUGCGGCUGGACUCCUUGCCACCAAACCGGGAGGCCAUGUUGUCUAUUCUACCUGCUCCCUCUCACAGUUACAGAAUGAAUAUGUGGUGCAAGGUACCAUCGAACUUCUGGCCAAUCAAUAUAGCAUCAAAGUUCAGGUGGAAGACCUCUCUCACUUCCGAAAACUUUUCAUGGACACAUUCUGUUUCUUCCCAUCCUGCCAGGUUGGGGAGCUGGUAAUACCAAACCUCAUGGCCAAUUUUGGGCCUAUGUACUUCUGCAAAAUGCGUAGGCUGACCUAGCAUCACUUGUCCCUGCAGUAGGAAGACAAAGGAUGUACUCUAUUGGAGGCACUGGAAACUGAGACCAGUGACAGAGAUGCACUCUAGAUCCCGUCUCCAUCCUGAGUUUUUUCUGCAGUUUUAAGUAGUAGGAAGUAGGAGUUUGUCCUACUGCUCAAUUGUGAAGUAUCAACAGUUUUCUAACUCACUUAUUACCCUUCCCCUUUUGCCAAGCUUAUGCUAAUGGUGCCUGUCCCAUUUGGAGGUUAGAAGGAAAAAAACCAAUGAGAAACCUACACUGUAAGCUGUAUACUUGUGAAGAAGCAUUUAGCAAAUAAAAUUGUUGAAGUUCCAUA